AUGCAUCACGCCAAUUUCAUCUCUCCCCCUCCUUACUCCUAUGAGAACUCGUCUUUUGCUCCGCCACCGCCUCAGCUGGGCCAGAUGUCACGCAGCUGGGACUUCCAGAUGAAGUUCGAGGCGGCGCACGAAGACGUCCGUUGGGCACUAUUGAACACCAUCACCGCAUGGGAAGUUUCGGGAACCGGUCGACCUUGGGAUCAUAUCCCGCGUAACAACAUCCAAAGCGCGUACGAUUCAGCACCCCAAGAUCUCAAGAUCGCUCUUGACUACAUCGUUCAUCAUCAUCUGACUUGCUACUUCAACAACGACACAGACCGGCGAAGGCAUCUCUACUUCAGUCGGCGUGAUGCCGGUUGGCCACCUAUUGGAGGCCCGCGCGUGCUUCUAUCGCCCGACCAAUUUGUAGGAGAGUAUCUCUCCGUCAGAGACAGGGUACAAAAGGCGAUCUUGAGGUCGAUUGCGUGGUGGGAUCGAAAGCAAACGGGCCGAUAUCAAGAGCUGCAUCCUAGCGCCCUAGCUGGUUGGUAUUUGAAUGCGUCCAAUGAACGCAAGAUCAUCAUCAACUGGGCCUUGGAAGUGGGCCUUGAUUACGGUAUCGAUACGUUACGCGGCAUUGCAACUCAGGAAACAAUAAUGCGGACGUCGUUCGAUAGGAUGCACCAGAAUAGGCAGACGACGAGAUCCAUAACCAAGAUGAUCAGUCCGUGA